CAUACAUGUACAUGUACAUCAUACAUGUGUGCAUCGUGAACAUGUAUAACAUUAAUUGAGACGGAGGGCCCGCAACGGUGAACAAUCUUUUGUGAAGAUGAAGGUAACCAGAUUUGACAGAAUGAGAUGAUGUUUCUGCCAGGUUGCUGGAGUGAGUAUCUUCCACUCCUACAGAUGUUACCAGCACCAGCCUUCUGUCAAGAUGCUCAAGUAGGCGAUGUGCAGUAACGUGUCCAAGAUUAAGAUGCAGGUCCAAACCAUUUGGUGAACUGAGUGAUCCAUAUACACCUCUAUAGUGUAAUUGCGGCAGUAUCCGGUCCAGUGAUAGCACUUCAGUGUUGUCGUCAGGAGUUGUGACACAAAAUGGAGUGGAUUAGAACAUGUCGAGAGGGUUUUCAUGGAUCUUGAAUAUUUACAGCCUCCGGCAAGGGAGGUAGCCCAUUGGAGGCUUGUCAUCAGUGGUUCUUAGCUUUGAGGACCAUGAUGAACCUGAUCCGUUACUCCAGCAUGACAAGCAUCAAGAAGAUCAUGCUCGUCUUGGUUUUGCUCAGCCUUCUGUCCAUCUGGUUCUUGAGCUACAACAUGAUGACGCCGCUGCGAGGCGAACAUGACAAGGACCUGCACUUGAAGCUUGACCCUAGCCAUCCUCUGGGUGCGGAGGAGCGGUCGGCCAGGCACCGACAGGGCAAGCACACUCCGUUGGCAGACCAGGACGACCUACGAGUAAUCCCCUCCGCGCUGGUCAUCACGGAGCGAGACGAUUUAGUGUUUGCGUACAACAUCACCAGUGCUUUGGAAGCCAACCACAUUGACUACACAUCAGUCUUUGUCAAGGAACGUCGCUGGCCAAGGCUGGAGCACAAAAGGACAGGCAAAUUCGCGGUCAUCAUCUUCCAAAGUAUCCACUCCUAUAUCAGUCUGGAUGCCUUCAUCCUGCGCACCGUACAUGAGUACUGCAAGAAAUAUAACGUUGGGAUCAUGGCGUUUGCUGUGGUCCGUGAAGACGACAACGGGUACACCAGGCAAGUCGGUCAACUGCCAGUUUACAUGGACCAACGACUCAGCCUGAAGGACCUUACCGUGAACUUGGCUGCCAGCGACAUUUUGCACAUCACUAAAGCGGGUCAGUUUAUAAAUGGGACACUACCCUACAAUGACUGGACGGUCUUCAGGACUGAUCAUGAGUCCUACAAGCCCCUUGUCCAAGCCAAGAUGCUCAGCCAAGACUCGCUGGAGCUCCACUCGCCUUCAGAAGUCCUCCACACAACAGUGCUCCUGGAUCAGGGACUCUAUGAUGGCAUUCAGAGGAUUUUCAUCGGGAACAACUUCCGAUUUUGGCUCCACUAUAUCCUGUUCCUGGACAGUGUCGCCUUUCUCUCCCACAGACUCCUGCAGAAGUCAUUGGACCGAUACAUCCAGGUCGACAUCGAUGACAUCUUUGUUGGAAUGAAAGGCAUUCGGAUGACCACAGAUGAUGUCGAGGCACUACUCCUAGAGCAGGAAGUCUUGGCUGACAAGAUCCCGGGCUUCACCUUCAAGCUGGGCUUCUCGGGUAAGUUCUUCAAGCGGGGCAACGAGGCGGAGAAGGCCGGCGACGAGGCACUGGUUGCCCAAGCUGACAAGUUUGCCUGGUUCCCCCACAUGUGGAACCAUGCCCAGCCCCACAUGUUUACCAACCAGAGUCAGCUGAUUGCAGACAUGAGGAAGAAUUUCCGAUUUGCUAAGAUUCACCAGAUUCCUGUGAAAUUCUCCUACGCUGUGGCCCCGCACCAUUCAGGCGUGUACCCUGUCUACCCCAUGCUGUAUAGUGCCUGGAAACAGGUCUGGGGCAUCAAGGCAACCAGCACGGAGGAGUAUCCGUCUCUUCGACCAGCUCGGAAGAGAAAAGGCUUCAUCUACAAGGAUAUCAUGGUGCUUCCUCGUCAGACAUGUGGCUUGUUCACUCACACCAUUGUCAUGAAGCAGUACCCUGGAGGAAGAGAGAGACUAGAUGGUAGCAUCUACGGAGGGGAGCUGUUCCAGACUAUUGUCGAUAACCCAAUUAACGUGUAUAUGACUCACAUGACCAACUAUGGCAGCGAUCGCUUGGCUCUGUACACGUUUGACAACGUCAUCAGCUUUGUGCAAAAAUGGACCAACCUGAGACUCAAAGCUGCACCGCCGCUAGAGCUGGCCAAGAAGUACUUUGAUAUGUUCCCCGAGGAACGAGAACCAGUUUGGACCAACCCGUGCUACGACAAACGUCACUUAGAAAUCCUGCCCGAAAAGCAGAACUGUCACCGCCUUCCAAGUUUCCUUGUGAUUGGACCACAAAAAACAGGGACCACUGCACUGUAUACAUUUCUGUCGCUGCAUCCCAACAUCAGGAGUAACCUUCCCAGUGAGGAGACUUUUGAAGAAGUUCAGUUCUUCUCAAACUCCAAGAAUUAUAACAAAGGACUAGAAUGGUAUUUGAAUUUUUUUCCACAAGUUGACAAUACCUCAGCUGACGUACUGUUUGAGAAGAGCGCAACAUACUUUGACAACUUACAUGCACCACGCCGGGCACAUUGGCUUCUCCCAAAGGCCAAACUCAUUGCGAUAUUGAUUGAUCCAGCCAAGAGGGCUUAUUCGUGGUACCAGCAUGAGAGAGCUCAUGAGAACCCGGCUAGCAUGAACUACACAUUUCACGAGGUUUUGACAUCAGGUCUCGAGGCACCGAGACCGGUAGCCUUGCUGCGGAACCGGUGCCUGGAUCCGGGCAAAUACAUCCAGCACUUACAGAGAUGGCUUGAGUUCUACCCACCCACCCAGUUGAUGGUGUUGGAUGGCGACUUGUUGAGGGCAGAUCCUACUGUUGCCAUGCUGAAAAUCCAAAAAUUUCUACGUUUAAAAGAGGUUGUCGACUUCAGUGAUAAGAUUAUUUAUGACGAUAAGAAGGGCUUUUACUGCCCCGUCUUCAAGAAGGGUCACACGCGAUGCCUUGGCAAGAGUAAAGGUCGUAAGUACCCUCCCAUGGAUGUCGACACAGAGACCUACCUCCGGCAUUAUUACCAGGGUUUCAACGUCCAGCUGGAGGCUUUCCUAUCCGGCAUUGACCAGCCCGUACCAGCGUGGCUAAAUGAGGCGUUGACUGAACGCUGAGACUGAGUGUCGGCACCAAUUCGCCCCGAAGAGAGACAGCACUCUCCCAAGUGGACUAUGCAUGUGUGCAGUGAACAAAAAAGAGUUUCUAAAGACAGCUUGCUGAGCCAUGCCCUCACCAGUCAUAACGAGAGAGGCUGGGCCAAUACGUGAGCACAGUCAUCACCGUUUACCCGAGUUUCACCAAGAAACCCUGUGCACGGUCAAUUUGGCCGUACUCAACGCAAUGCAUCAGCCCCAAGGGAUGUUGUUGCUAGGUAGCAAAGCGCCUUCUCUUGGUCACAUGCAAAGUCCAUUUUCCCAUUGUCUCCAGAGCCUACAACAAGAGUCUGGUGACCGAGACUCCUCCAUGUCUUUUUACCUGGAGGUAAUUUUAGUCUGGCGAAAUCGCAAAUGGGGACUGGCUGGUUGAACACAGAAGCAGCAGACUGGAUACAUGAUACCAUUGUAUUAGGAUGAGCUGCAGACUUCCUCCUGAGAUAUUUUGUUGUUAUUGUUUUCUACAGUCUUUAAUUUAUUGACCGUCAGAGCAGGGUAUUUGACUCCUAAACCAUCCAGAUUUAAUCAGUCUUUAGUUUGCAUAUCUCUGAUAAUCAUAUCAUGCUUCCCGUGGAAAGUAACACACAGGUGUACAACUGUUGAACUCCAUUUUUAAUUGUUUAUAAACCAAACUAAACAGCUUUUGGACACAAUUUCAUGUUUUGUGAUCAUUGGUGUAAAAAUGACCUUUUGGGCAUAAAGGUACUACGGGUUGACAUUUUUACCUGAUGAACGGCUGUUUAGCUUCAAUUAGAGAAAAAUUUGGUCUUUCCCAAACCAUUUCAACAAUUCCUAAUUUUCGAUAUCAAGCUUUUUGUUUUACGGUUUCCAGUGUGGACAUCCUUCAAACCGUUCAGUUCCUGUCAUCUACAGGAUUUGUUUGUGUCCUUCUUCCCUCUGUCCCCUCGUUAAUUUAUUUCCCAGAUCUUAUUGUAUGAAGCCAAAUGUCGUUGAAACAUUGGGCUCAUGGAUGAAUUUCCUUCCUGGUUCAGUUGGGCAAAAGUUUUCCAGGUCACACCACCGCGCUUGUGCCAGUCUGACUUGGUUUACUAAGAAAUAAAAGCUGUGAACAGUAUUUGUUAUGGUGCUGAAAGUUGUAGAAUGAAGCCAGUUCUUUGAAUUUUAGCUUUUUUGUUAUGAUGUAUAAAAUAUCUGAAUGUGUACCAUUUUAUUGUUUUGAAGUACAAAAGCUCUUUUUGCAAUACUUAGAAUGAGUUGUAGUAGCUAUCAUUUUUAAAGGGUUUUAGAAAACAUUGAUUUUUAAGACUUAAGGGCCUCUUUUUUGUCUUUGUUGGGCUUGUAUUCCUAGAUACUCUGGCUGAAUGUGCCUUCAGUGAAAGCAAGAUUUACAUGCUUUCUCGAAAACUGACGACACAAGAUGCUGGAUGGAAUGGCCAUAGCAUUUGAUCAGUUGGUGGCCCCAAAAGCUGGCCAAAAGUUUUAAUUGCCUCUUGCACCGACAGGUGUUAUGGCCAUGGAAUGGUUGAUUCUUGAUGUUCCUUGCGCAGGCUUGCAAAGUUUGAACCUUUUUAACAGGCGGCUGUUUUUUUUUCAUGACAAAACCCUUCAUUCCAGGCUCCCUGCUGAGCAAAAGAGUUCGUGUGACUACUGUAGAGAACUAGUGAAGUGAUUUUUCGGUUAAGUCCAGUCGAUCAAAUUUGUAGGGCCUAACCGCUAUUUCAAAUAGUUUUCUUUGUUACGACAAAAGCAGCCCUCUUUGUUUCAUUUUCUUGCGUUUACUUGCCAUCCUCCAGUACGAACCAUAAUUCAUUACAAAAAUAAAAAAGUUUAAGAAAUGCCAUUUGCUCAAGGAAAAAUUACAUUGUAUCUUAAAAAAAAAAACUUGGUAGCUCCAUCAAUGCCAAAGAUUCCUACUUUGUGUGCUAGAAGCUAGUUAUCUGCGAUGAGGAUUCUCUGUCUCUGUGGACACAAAAGGGCUUCCAUGUGUCAUGAUGCGCGGAUGACUGGUGGGAGAUCCUGCUGCCGCUGGACACCGGCAGCUUUCAUGGGUACACGUGUGUAUCCAGCCCCAGUCGUAAUAUCCGGACGCUGACACAACUGGGACCCAUUUUGUGGCCGAAAUCUAUGCAGUAUUUACGAAAGUUUGUCAGGCAGUGGUGUGUAUUUCUUCUUUCGAAUUCCAGCUUCCGUUAGAAUUUUGCCAUUUUCCUCAAAUAUGAAAGAAAGUUUCUUGACUGUUUCCACCGCAUUUUUAUUGACACAGUACAUUGCCAACUAGCUUAUUCCUGUAAAUUUCUAGGGAAUUCUCAAUGUGCUGUAAUUUACUGUAUGCACAUUAAAUGAAAGUCGGUCGAUGUAUAUGAAAACCUGACGAAAUAAACUAGCUCGUGAUUAGUAUUUUGAACUUAGGUAA